AUGGUCAGCUCUCCUCGCCGGUAUCCUCAUAGCGAGGCUGUUCUCUUUCGCACGAUGAACAGCUGCGCAUCGACGUUUCUAGACAUGGACGGACACCAGUUCACCCGUCAAUCAUACUACAACUGCGGUAGAAAAAACAUGCCGGUGGACAACAGCGCGCUUGACGGAAAGGCAAAUGAUAAUUGCAGCUGCGAGCCCCACUUCACAUGGUCGACUCGUCACCAAUUGAAUUUGCUUGUUACAUGCAAGUACUCACGUCUGCGCACGUUGCAUCGUAUAGAACUAAUGUGGCCUCGUAUUGGUAUGAUUGGAUUCGCGGUUGCUGUCAGCUACGCAUCCGAUGGAAAAACGAACGCAUCAUCGAAGCCUAAUCGACCGACUUGCGUUCCGCAUCCGAAAUCCGCUUUCUCUGUGCUGCACCCACCGUCAUUAGCUAGGGGGGUCUGGACCCAGCUGACCUUAGGCACUCCUCUGCGCAAGACCAUGGCUUUCUGCGUACCGCCUCAUUUGACUCAGGCGUUCGUCGCCGAUCACCUUUCUGUGCCAAUAAACGGGAGAAACCCGCAAGCGUGCCACUUGUUGCACGAGGAGGCGACGUUCACGUCACAUACUUCUGCAGGCCUCACGAAGACGCGUUUGUUGAUCGAUUAUUCGUUAUGA